AUGGCCCCAGAAGAAUCCGAAUCGAUACGAAAAUGCAUAGGCGUUGAAUGCGAGAACGAUGCUGGCUCUUUACAAUGUCCGACUUGUUUAAAGAUUGGUACGAAGGAUAGCUUUUUUUGUUCGCAGGAUUGUUUUAAGAGAAGUUGGAAUGAACAUAAGAAAGCACACAAGUCACAAAGUAAUUUCCUCAGUAAUCUCUUCACCCCAAAAGUCGUUUCUAAACCCGAUCCAGCUUCUGGCCAAUUUAAUCCUUUUCCUACCUUUCCAUUUACUGGAUCAUUACGACCCGUUUACCCAUUAUCCGAUCACCGAGAAGUUCCAAAAACCAUCAAGCACCCCGACUACUGGAGAGAUGGAGUUCCGCGCAGCGAAAGGACGAGUCAAAGAAAUAAGAUUGAAAUUUUGACCAAGGAACAACAGGAAGGCAUGAGAAAGGUUUGUCUGUUGGGUAGAGAAGUAUUGGAUAUCGCAGCUUUAGCCGCUAAGCCUGGAGUCACAACCGACUACAUCGAUGAGAUUGUACACAAAGCUUGCUUGGAGAGAAAUUCAUACCCUUCUCCUCUUAACUACUGCGAUUUCCCAAAGUCAGUCUGCACAUCCGUCAACGAGGUCAUUUGCCAUGGUAUUCCAGAUAGGCGAGUUUUGAAGGAUGGUGAUAUUCUCAACAUCGACGUUACGCUGUAUCACGGGGGCUUUCACGGCGAUCUUAACGAAACAUAUUAUAUUGGUGAUAAAGCAAAGGCGGACCCCGACACAGUACGAGUAGUGGAAGCUGCACGAGAAUGUCUGGAUGAGGCCAUUAAGAUUGUCAAACCAGGAGUACUAUUCAGAGAAUUUGGAGACAUUAUAGAAAAGCGCGCCAAGGAGUCGAAGUGUAGCGUCAUCAAGGCAUACUGUGGUCAUGGCAUCAACAGCUUGUUCCAUUGUGCACCAAAUAUUCCUCAUUAUGCGAAGAAUAAGGCCGUCGGUGCAGCAAAACCCGGCAUGUGCUUUACAAUCGAGCCCAUGAUUGCGUUAGGAACACAUAAGGAUAAGACUUGGCCCGACAACUGGACAAGUGUUACUCAAGAUGGAAAGAAAACGGCUCAAUUUGAGCAUACUCUUUUAAUCACGGAAGACGGUGUUGAAAUAUUGACAGGAAGGUUACCUAACUCUCCCGGUGGACCUGUACCAAUGCCAGUGGUCGCAGAAGAGACUAAUGGUGAGAAGAAGGAAGUGGCAGCUUGA